AUGAUGAAUACCAACGGUAACCAAGUCUCUCAUUUAUCCAGUGCCCUCCGCCAAGUGAACUUAGGAAAUAGGAAUAGUAAUACCACUACUGACCAAAGCAAUAUAAAUUUUGAGUUCCCCGCAGGUGUAAAUAAUAACAAUAAUCUCAAUAAUAGUAACAGUAAUAGUAAUAAUAAUAAUAAUAAUAAUAGUGUUCAAAGCAGCAACAAUGGCCGCAACGGUGCUCAAAAUGAUGACAACGAAAACAACAUCAAAGAUACAUUGGAACAACAUCGACAACAACAGCAGGCGUUUUCUGAUAUGAAUCGCGUGGAGUACUCAAGAAUUACAAAAUUUUUUCAAGAGCAACCAUUGGAAGGGUACACUCUUUUCUCUCACAGGUCCGCCCCUAAUGGGUUUAAGGUCGCUAUAGUACUUAGUGAACUCGGAUUUCAUUAUAAUACGAUUUUCCUAGAUUUUAAUCUUGGAGAACAUAGGGCACCUGAAUUUGUAUCUGUCAAUCCCAAUGCUAGAGUUCCAGCCUUGAUUGAUCACAGCAUGGAUAACUUAUCCAUUUGGGAAUCAGGAGCUAUUUUACAGCAUUUGGUAAAUAAAUAUUACAAAGAAACUGGCAACCCAUUACUCUGGUCUGAUGAUUUAGCUGACCAGUCACAAAUUAACGCAUGGUUGUUUUUCCAAACUUCUGGCCAUGCACCAAUGAUUGGACAGGCCUUACAUUUCAGGUACUUUCACUCCCAAAAGAUAGCAAGUGCUGUAGAAAGAUACACGGAUGAAGUUAGAAGAGUUUACGGUGUAGUAGAGAUGGCACUUGCUGAGCGUAGAGAAGCAUUGGUGAUGGAACUAGACACGGAAAAUGCGGCAGCAUAUUCUGCUGGAACAACCCCGAUGUCGCAAAGUCGGUUCUUUGACUACCCUGUAUGGCUCGUAGGGGAUAAACUAACUAUAGCUGAUUUGGCCUUCGUUCCAUGGAAUAAUGUCGUAGAUAGGAUUGGUAUUAAUAUCAAAAUUGAGUUCCCAGAAGUUUAUAAGUGGACAAAGCAUAUGAUGAGAAGACCCGCCGUAAUUAAAGCAUUGCGUGGAGAGUAA